GUAUGUAUGAGUGUUUCCGGGUCGUGUGUGUGACCCCGGGUCUCCAGUCAACACGCGUGUAGCAACAAACUGCUCCUUUUCCACCAGAGCACCCCGAUAAUCCUCCUCACACACACCCGGGAGGGUCGAACAAACUCCGGACUAACUUCGCGCAGUGAGACCGAGUUUCUGCAGCCAUGGGUCCGCCGCGCUCUAAGAAGCGCCGCCCGACCUUCCGGCGCCUGCUGAAGACGAGCGGGGUUAAGCUGGAGAACAAGCUGAAGAACCGGACGCUGAAGCAGCAGAACGUCGCCAAGAAGCAGCGCAAAGAGCACAAGAAGCUCCGCGCCGCGGUGAAGGACGCCGCCAUCAGGACGCCACGCCCGCUGGAGACGUACCGCAACAGGCCUGAGGAAGAGAAAGAAGAGGAGUUUUUGGAGACUCUGCCGACAGACAUGAUGGAGGAAGACGACGUGCAGCAGAUGACCGCCAUGGCUCGCCAGGCGUCCUUCAUCACCAGAGACCUGUCGGCAUGUGGCCCGGUGCAUGGUGGGAAGAAGCGGAGCUCUGACGCUGUUCGGAGUUACGAGAAAGUUCCCAGAAAGAUGGUUCGGACGGAGGAGAAGGAGGUGAUCCACCUGCUGCCCAUCAAGGACCAGAGAGGGGUGGUCCCACAGAGCUUUGAGAGAGUUAUCGAAAAGCAGCCUGAGGAAGAAGAGGAGGAGGAAGAAGAGGAAGAGGCAGCGGAGGAACCGGAGCAGUCUGAAAACGAGAUGGUGUCUCUAACAGCUGAGCAGAGAGAGACUCUCAGAGUUCAGAAGAUCAACGACAGGAAGCUCCUCAUCGCCAGUCUGGGAUCAGCUGUCGUCUCUGACCCGUACAGAAACAUAAAGCGAGUGAAGGAGCUGCGAGGGAUGCUGAUGGAGUCUGACCCCAGCGUGGCUGUGACCGUCAGGAAGCUGGUGAUGGUUUCUCUGAUGGAGAUCUUUAAAGACAUCGCCCCCACCUACAGGAUACGACCUCUGACCCCCGAGGAGAAGGCUGCCAAGGUGAAGAAAGAGACUCAGCAGAUCAGAGAGUUUGAAGAAGGUUUGGUCAGUCAGUACAAGUUCUACCUGGAGGACCUGGAGCAGACCAUCAAAGACUGGAAGCAGCAGAAGAAGAAGCGGCGCCAGGCGGUAGGGUUCGAGUCCUACCGAGGCCUGGCCCAGGUCUCGGUGCGCUGCCUGUGCUCUCUGCUGCUCGCCCUGCCGCACUUCAACUUCCACAACAACAUCGUGGUGGUCCUGGUCCCGCUGAUGAACGACCCCGACAAGCAGGUGUCGCAAAUGUGCUGCGAUGCGUUCAGGAACCUGUUCCAGCAGGACAAAGAGGGCGGGGCUUCCCUGGCCACGGUGCGCGUCAUCUCCGGCCUCGUCAAGAGACACAACUACAACGUCAGGCCUGAGCUGCUGCGGACGCUGCUGAGUCUGCGGAUAAAGGAGGUGCAGAUGAAGAAGGACAUGGAGGACACGGCACCAAAGAAGAAGUUCAUGAACAACAAAGAGAAGAGGAAGAACCUGUCCAGGAUGCAGAGGAAGUGGAAGAAGGCUGAGGAGAAGUUGGAGAAGGAGCUGCUGGAGGCUGAAGCCUCGGAGAGUAAAGAGAAGAAGAUCAAACUGCACACGGACACGUUGAACAUCGUGUUCCUCGUCUACUUCAGGAUCCUCAAGAAAUCUCAGAAAUCUGUUCUUCUUCCUGCUGUUCUGGAGGGACUCGCCAAUUUUGCCCACCUGAUCAACUUGGAGUUCUUCGACGACCUGCUCAACGUGCUGCAGAAUCUUAUCCAAUCAGGAGAUCUGACCAAUCGGGAGAGUCUCCACUGCAUCCAGACCGUCUUCACCAUCCUAUCAGGACAAGGUGGGGGGUGUGUGUGGCUACGCAAGAACAUCAUCAUCGUUGCGCCUGGACCCAUCGUGACGCUGCGCAGGGAAGCAGGUGACGCUGCACGCAUGGCCGCCGCCGCGAGCAGCAGUCAGCGUGCCCAACGACGGGCAUGCACGCCGCCAGCAGACCGGAUCUGUCUGUCCCUGUGUGUGUGUGUGUGUGUGUGUGUGUGUGUGUGUGUGUGUGUGUACCAGGCCUUCCCUAAGUGUGACCUCCUAUUGGAUAAUGAGGUCCAGGGGAGUGGCUUCUACCUGCCUGAGCUCGAUGAGCCUGAACACUGCAACGCCCAGAACACAGCGCUGUGGGAGCUGCACACACUGCAGAGACAUUACCACCCGGUGGUACGGCGGUUGGCGCUCCACCUGAGUCACGGCGCUCCAAGCGAAGGAUCGGCAGCGCUUGGCGCCGCACUGAGCCGCAAGUCUCCAGCGGAGCUGUUUAACGCCUACAGCGUCCGAGACAUGACCUUUAACCCUCCUGUAGCUCCGCCCGGCAGCAAGAAGAAGGACCGUUUUGUGUUCGGAGCGACGCUGCUGGACGCUGAGCUGCAGGGACAAGUCGACAACGCCAUGGCGACCGCUGCCGUCGCCACGGAGACACAGCUGGACUUUACUGCAGCACACUGACACACAGCCAGACACAACACACACGCACCACACAGAGACAGAGAGACACACACACACACAGCUGGAUCAUCUGUUAAUCAAGACAUUGCCUUCAAAAUAAAAGCCUAAAUGUCUGUAUGUGUGUAAAGGAAGAGGAAGUGGGCGGUUUGUUUCUAAAUAAUCUCUCAGUGACUUCUUCAUCUAAAUAAAAGUUUUUAUUGCAACAAAA